UAAAUACCAAUGUAUACGUGUGUGAUAGUGUUUUAAAGUUAGGGUAGUGGCAACGCGACAUAACCUCUUACUGCAACAAUUUGUAAUUUUUUAUAAAUAAUCCUAAACAUUUCUAGAAUAAGAUUGCUAUUUCAUCAUUUGCAUAUUCUAUUAUAGAUUACCUAGUAAACUAUCGACGUUCAAACAAACUAUACACAGGUGUUUGACAUGCCGUGUAUGUACUUUUCAUCAUUUUGUGCAUUAUGACUCAGUAUAGAAUAGUUGCUCCAGUUGACCCUUCUAUGUGAUCUUUAUAGUUCUUUGGAGUAGCUUGUUAACAAAAUUCAGCGUAGUUUCUUCGGAAACAAGUUCGUAAACGAAAUUCUUACAGUGCCAAAAGUGUUAAGAAUAUUCAAGAAGAGUGGUGCGCAAUUGGCCCUCAACGAGGGAGAAUCGAAAGCGUCGAAAGUAACGAGUCAUCUACCGAUUCAAGAUGGCAGAAGGCGAGGAUACUCGAAAGAAAAUUACUGUUAAUGUUCAAACGUCAAAAGAAAAACAAAGCGUCGAAAUUGAAGAAGAUGCAAGUAUUAAAGACUUUAAAGAGGCAGUUUCUAAAAAGUUUAACGCCCAAACGGAGCAGUUAUGCCUCAUCUUUGCUGGAAAGAUUAUGAAAGAUCAUGAAACUUUGAGUACACAUAAUGUCAAGGAUGGUUUGACGGUACACCUGGUUAUUAAAGCACCACGUACUCCGUCUAAUCAAAGUCAAGAUUCAUCUCUAUCUCAAAGAUUACAAGCCGAUAUAAGUGCAAGUCCUUUUGGAUUAGGAAGUCUGGGAGGACUACCAGGUUUGGAAAAUCUUGGGUUAGGAUCUGCUAACUUUAUAGAUAUGCACCAACGUAUGCAACGUGAAUUACUUUCAAAUCCAGAAACAAUGCGUCAAGUACUUGAUAAUCCAUUAGUACAAAGUUUGAUGAAUGAUCCAGAAAAUAUGCGUAAUUUGGUUACUGCUAAUCCUCAAAUGCAAGAAUUGAUGCAACGUAAUCCAGAAAUUAGUCAUAUGUUGAACAAUCCUGAGUUAUUAAGACAAACAAUGGAAUUGGCACGUAAUCCAGCGAUGCUUCAAGAAUUAAUGCGUUCCCAUGACAGAGCCUUAUCUAAUUUAGAAAGCAUUCCUGGUGGUCAUAGUGCACUUCGUCGCAUGUAUCGCGACAUUCAAGAACCGAUGUUUGCAGCAGCAGCCAACGAACGCAAUCCUUUUGCAGCAUUAGUAGAUAAUAGCAAUAAUCAAGAUGGUCAGGCUAAUCCACAACAGGGCCAAGAAAACAGAGAUCCAUUGCCAAAUCCUUGGGCUCAAAAUCAGAGUGAUUCUACCGCUCAACCACAAGGAAGAGGUCUAUUGGAUUCACCAGGAAUGCAAAGUCUUGCAGCUCAAAUGAUGGAAAACCCUCAGCUGAUGAGAAACAUGUUAAACGCUCCAUACACAAGGUCCAUGUUAGAAGCCAUGGCUGCAGAUCCAAAUAUGGCUAGUAGAAUGAUUUCUACCAAUCCAUUCUUUCGGGCAAAUCCACAAAUGCAAGAGCAGUUGCGAACAAUGAUGCCUGCAUUUAUUCAACAAAUGCAGAAUCCUCAAAUCCAGAAUGUUGUCACUAAUCCUGAUGCUUUAGCUGCUAUUAUGCAGGUCCAACAGGGUAUAGAACAAUUACGUACUAUUGCCCCCGAAUUUGUUGAAAAUAUGGGACUGUCUAUGCCAGCUGCAACAACGACAACAACUCCACCAAAUGCAAGCGCAACAAAUACAAGUACACCAACUACACAGUCAACCGACACGAACCAGCAGGAUGCGUUUUCUCAAUUUAUGGCACGCAUGGUAUCGGCAAUGGCAUUAAAUCAAGGUGUAGAUGGUCAAUCUGCUGCCCUUCCACCCGAAGAACGUUACAGAGUACAGUUAGAACAGCUUACAGCAAUGGGUUUUGUUAACAGAGACGCUAAUUUACAAGCUUUAAUUGCUACAUUUGGAGAUAUAAAUGCUGCUAUUGAACGGCUACUAUCUAACGGACAAGUGUCUAUGAGCUAACCACCAAUAUGCAAUACUGUUAUUCCAUUACUAUUUCUAAUUAUUUCCUUAUUUACCUCUUACAACAGGCGUGGUGAGAGAUAUCUGAGGUAACUGACUGUCAGCAAAUUAUAAACUUCUACCCCAACUCUUGACAGAAUACACGCUACUAAUUCGUUUAAUAUGCAUUUUUAUUUUGGUUUGGUACUUUAUCUUAUUCGAUAACACAAGUACUGAUAUCUAAAUGUUUAUAACUUGUUCACGUAUUGUCCACUAUUGAAAUUUCUAGUUUAAUUCUGUAUUCUGUAUUUCUCGAUGUGCUCUAAGUACUAGAUAGCUCUGUUAAUGUAUUUCGUCGGUGUAAAUUUGUUUAUCACAUAUUCAAAGAGAGUUACAUUAGAUCAUAAUGCGAAGGGCAUAUCCUUCUUCUUUGUUAUUGUACAUUUAUGGUGUUUCUUAGAAACAGUGGAACCUGCAUGGAAAAUAGAUUACCGUUAAUAAACAUGCUUCUGGCUUGGUCAGUUGAUUGUAAAUUUCAUGGAAGGUCAUUUUUUGCUUACAUAUACGUAAUGAUACUAGUAAAUGUAUUGCAUGAAACGUUGAUAUGUUUACAGCAGAAAUGGGUAUGGGGUAAUUAUCAAUUAAUUAAGUAACAUUUGGUGUAUAGAAAUAAACGAGUUUGUCAAGAUACAAACUGAAGGUUUUCAACUAACAAAGAGAAAUCAUAAUUCAGUUGUUCUUUCUGAUUGAUGAAAAAAAAGUGUUCGGUGAUCCAUUAGUGUUUUCCAUGUAAGUUUUGUAUGUACGGCGAUGAGAAGUGAAUUUUUCUCUUUUUUUUUUCCCCCUUUAUGCCGACGCAUAUUGUUUUCAUUUAUUUCAUUUCCCUUCCUGUUUUUUAUCGUACGCGUAUAAAAAUAAUACUAUGCACUAUAUGUCUUAAAAUACAAAUUUAGAGAUUUGUAGCGUGAUGAUCGAGAAUUUUAUGGUGUAGGUUGUUUAUAGAGAAACGCGCGAAAAGAUCGAUUUAACGAAAUAUCACAUGUAAAUGUGUUAAACUGGAAAUGUAAUCGUCGGUUAGGUAAUAAGAUAUAUUGAAACAAAAAAAGGUAAAUGUUGUAAAUUAUCUUAAUUGGAAAGAAAAGAAAAAAAACA